GUGACUUUCUUAUUAUUGAUGAACUACUUUCGUCCAACUGCCCGGAUUCUGAUAGAGCAACCCACAUCUUCGUGGAUGUACAAGCAGACGCGGAUGCUGGAAGCAAUUUCCCGGUGGAAGGUUAAGAAAUACUUGACGUACAUGGGUUCCUGGGGUGCACCACUGAUGAAAGGCACACAUUUGAUGUCAAAUUUCUCGUGCAGUGCAAUUGUCCGAAAGGCCACCAAGAGUCUUCGGGAGACAGUCGCCAAGCGAUUGAAGACAUUAAAUGAGAAAAGGUUGGCAAAAGGCUUGCCAGCAACAGAGUUCUGGGUACGUGACCGUCGUGGUAAAUUCCACGGAGGGAAAGAUCUCAGCUCAACAGCGAUCUACCCUCAGCGGUUUGCUACGGCAAUCUUGAAGGAGUGGGAGAGAUCACUGUAA